AUGAAUAAACGCCGGGAACUGGAAAUGGAGCAUAAUGUGUUCGUUCGUGGCCUGAAAAUUCUCUUCUCGUCAUUCUACUUUUAUAUUGCCGCUAUUGUCAAUUGCAUUUCGUAUACGGCUCGAAAACAGUAUCGAACGCUCCGAAAGCGUCAAGUGGUCCGAUAUGAAUGUGUUCCAUUAUCACCGUUGUCUGCACGUCGUCUCAGUAUGUUUAUCUGA